AUGCCCCCGCCGCCCAGCACUGUGGGCCUGGCAGUCCUGUUCUUCUGGGCAGGCCAGGCAGUGCACACCUUGAUGCCCAAUGCCACCCUAGAGCUGGCUUGGACCAAGGGCACAGCAGUGCACUCCCUGAGUGGCCUGGGGGUGCCCCACUAUCGGCGGAAGCGCCACAUCUCUGCCCGGGACAUGAGUGCCUUGCUGGAUUAUCACAACCACAUCAGGGCCAGCGUGCACCCACCAGCUGCCAACAUGGAGUAUAUGAUCUGGGACGAGCGGCUGGCCAGGUCUGCUGAGGCCUGGGCCACCCAGUGCAUCUGGGCCCACGGGCCCUCACAGCUGAUGAGAUACGUGGGCCAGAAUCUUGCCAUCCAUUCUGGCCGGUACCGCUCGGUGGUGGAUCUCGUGAAGUCUUGGUCUGAGGAGAAGCGGCAUUACUUGUUUCCAGCCCCAAAGGAUUGCAACCCACAAUGUCCCUGGCGCUGCAGUGGCCCUGUGUGCUCCCACUACACUCAGAUGGUGUGGGCAUCCUCCAACCGGCUGGGCUGUGCCAUCCACACCUGUGGCAGCAUCAGUGUCUGGGGCAGCACUUGGCACCAGGCAGUGUACUUGGUCUGCAAUUACGCUAUUAAGGGCAACUGGAUCGGCGAGGCUCCAUACAAGAUGGGGAGGCCAUGUUCUGCCUGCCCCCCCAGUUACCAAGGCAGCUGCAGUAGCAACAUGUGCUUCUCUGGGCUCAAAUCCAACCGGCUCCUGUGGUUCUAA